AUGCAAUCUAGUGAAGGCACAGCUGGGGGACCACCAACGUUCCCAACCUUUCCGCUGCCACCUGGAGGCAACGACUCCACACAAGGUAGGCAGCAUUCUGCAGGAAAUAGUUUUCAGUAUGUUGCUGAGCAAAAUCCUUCCGAGACGCCCAUUUUCGUUCAAGAGGCGCAUGCUCGACGUGAGGAAUACGCAAACGAGGCCAUACAAACCACCGCAGAGCACUGGAUUCAGGAACAGGUACGUCGUGAGUCAAAGAAGCAGACGGCAAGAAUGGAAUCUGAUUUUAUACUCGGGGGGGCGACUGGGGACGAGGGGGAAGAGAACGAGGGUUCCCUGGAGUUUGUGACGGGGCUACCCAAAUUUGUCGGGCGCGUAAUCUUGCUGUUGGCGGUGGGUCUCUUUGGCGCCAUUCCACUAAUGUCUCCGUUCGCGCUAACGGUACUUUUGACAGGGUGUAUUGUGACGUAUGCAGCGGAUUUUGCGGGAUACAGACGUGGUUGCGUGCUAGCAAUUAUAGGUACGACAGGUUUAUUCGCAGUGGCACUGUUUUUGUCCAACUUGCAUGCUUCCAUUUCUAGUGUGGGGCCUUUAUGCAUGAUUUUAAGUUUGUUAGGACUGCUCCUAAUGGCAGCCAUGACUGCAUUUUUGCACUUUUAUUGGAUGCAGCUUUAUUUCCCAGAGCUUAUAUGUUUAAUGGAGCGUUGUGUACUUGGGGUGACGCCAAUUCUGACGUUGCCCUCCUUGUUCUCGACCAUCACGGCUUUGGUUGGGUCCCGGCACGCUCCUGCGUGGUUUAUGACGGCCAUGUGUGUGCUUCAUCACUUCUUCUACGGUCCGUUGGAGAGUAGCUUUCUCAUGCGUCGACGUUUGGUUCGAGGAGCGAGUGAGAAUGGGGAUAUCGUUUCUGAAGAGGGAAUAACGGAAGAAGUAAAAUCACUUCAGGCAAAUGGACGAGCUGAAGCGAUAAUUUUUACGUCGCUUUUGGUAAGCCUUCCUUCCUUGCUCUACAUUAUUUUACAGAGCAACUUCAUCGAUGCAUGGCUGCCAAACACUCUCAAUGCAUUUGGUAUGGUUUGCGGGCCAGUUGCUUACAUUUGCUUUGAUUCGAAUCGUAGCCUGUGGUUUUUGCUACCAGAUAGGCAGACGCUACGCCAUCGACUUGGGUGUGACCCUCUUGGGGUACACGAGGCGGUCAGAAAGUACCGUAACCCAUUUCUUAUCUUAAGCAUGACAGUAGGUUUGCACUGGGCCAUCUAUCGUCUGCUUCAUUCCCGGUUCAGAUUUCUCUUCAGUGGAGUGCCGCCACCGUUUAACGGUAUCUGUUUGGCCAUUGCUAUGUACUUGGGAUUGUACGCGGCGUACCAAGUAAAGAUAUUACUGGAUGCUGACAAGCGGGGGAAGGACACACUUUCUGCCCAAUAUUUGCAUCGACGAGUACUUUCAGUUGUAUCAGCUGCAGCGUCAUGUAUUUUUGUAGCAGUAAGUGCAGGGUUGCCUGGAAUUUUCAUGAUGUUCAUGGUGCUCUGUGUGUCGUCCAUCAACCUUUUCCUACUAGAUCGCAACAACGUUGGGCCAAUGGUGUCAUUUACCAUAUUUUCAAGUUUACUACUUCUUUGGUGGAUGUACCGCAUGUUUUCUUUCAUUGUUGUGGACCUGCAUGUACUUGGGGAGUCCACCACUGUUCCAACACCACUGGUGGCGAUGAGUGUGCUGUGGUGCUACGUGCUGAGCUGCGUCGCGUUUACCAUGUCCUUCUCCACGAACAAAGUUCCCUUUGUCGUGGCUCUCUUUGCCCAUUCGCUGCAGGUGGCGUGGGUGGAACAUGUGUUGUACUCGCAGAAGGAGGAGAAUGUCUACCCAGCGGUGCUGGUGCCAUUUACAAGUGCCAUUGGUGUUUUGUUGUCCUCGCGGCUGUAUACAAAUGAAACACUUGGAAUCCACGAGGCGGCCCUUAUUGCGGCGUCCUACAUCGCAAAGCUUCUGACAUUUGUGGUGGAGGUGACGGGCUCAUAUUACCUCGCGGAGUCUGCGGAGUCUGACAAGCGGCAUUACCACGCAAUUGAGAUUGGACUUGCCUGGUGGUCAACGCUCUUCGCAGGUUUUGCUGUUGUGGUAUUUGAGCUCAAACGCGGGCGACAUCUGAAGAAUAACUACGCCAGACACCUCACGGCGUUAUUUGUCGUUAGUGCCUUGACAAUGACAGCAAGUACGGCACGAAAUUUCCAGCGCGCCGUUUUUGAGUUUUUCACGCAGAUCCGCCUUGCCGACUCGAACAGCGUGCACAUCAUUUUAGGGACCUCGUUUCUCUUUUUUGGCCUUGUCACACACCCAUUUUUCGCUCGACAUGCGGACUUACACACAUUCAUGUAUCCCCUACGAACCCUGGCACGUGGAGCGUUUGCGGUAGGCAUUAUUCUCCUCAUUGCACAGCCCACACGAAUUACGGAACACUCUGGCGAAGUUGAGUUCGACUUUGUCAAUGAGGAUGUGAGUAGGUACUGCUCCGUCGCAGGCACGAUGCUUCUCGUUGCGGGACGACUUAUUCCGAUGUCUUCCUUGCAUUUUAUACUUCGUGCCUUAUAUUGGCUUGUCACCACCGUUUUGCUUUCUGUUGGGCUCGCCAUGUACGUCCUUCCGGCGCCGACGAUGUUUCUCUUUGCUGGCACCUGCGGUUUUGUGUACUUCUCCUUACUGACGCUGGACGUGGCGCACUACCGCAAUAUGUCCUCCAACGAGGGGUGGAUUGUGUAUGGUGUCUCCGUCUGUUUUAUGGUCUUUUCGUUGGUUGUAAUGGGAGGCGCGAACGUGCGGGAGUACACGGGUGGCAGCCCGCUCUUGAUGUGGGAGAUUUAUACCACCGGACGCAGACGACAACUUUCUGUGGCAGGCGUCACAAGCCUUUUUAUGGCCAUUGUACUGAAGUUUAGGGUGUGCGGCAAACCACUUGUGCCUGCGGCGCUGCCACUCACCGUGGAGGUGAUUGAGCAAGUGGCGCUUCUGGUGAACUACACGACCAUCAUUGCCGUUUCCGCCUUGACAACGCACAACGUUUGGAGCAACGGCAACGAGCCUGGGCUGCACGUCGCGACCUCCCUCUUUCUUCUUCUUCUAGCAGACGACGGUGUCCUCUUCAUUGGCCUGGAACGAGGGCACUUCCGCUACUUCCCCGUCCUAGUUUACAUCCUCAGCGUGCUGUGGCUGUGCUUUCUCUACGACGCGUAUGUCUCUACUCAGACGGUGUUGGGCGGUGUUGUGCAGUGCCUGUGGUCUGUCUUUUACGCGAUGCCGGUUAUCCCCUCACACGUCUCUCUGCUCCUGCUGCUGUGGUUCGGGAGAAAGCGGGGGGGCACGCCGACCUCGGCUAUCCUCGUAUUCGUUGCUCUCGACAUGCUGUGCCUGCUCUUUUCCGCCUGCAAGACGCUGCAGUGGAUGGCGAUCAUCGGCGUCUGUGGGCAGAGCGCACGUCUGUUCGAGGCACAGUUCUGGAAGAAGCGGCUGGAAACCAUCUUGUAG